AUGGACGGAGGGUUUGACACGUACAGAGAUACCAGUAGGCCUAUCAACAACUCACCUCACAGGUACGAGAACUUCCGUAUCCCCGUGGGCCUCGAGACCGUUAACGGUUUGACCUACCUUCCCCCGGACCUGGUCAGAGCCAUCUCUACUGACCCGACGACACCGUUCUGGGGGCCGGGUUAUGAUGGUUUGGACAGUCAGCAGCCUGCAAGGAUACCAUGUCCUUGGUUCCAGAAGGAACACUCGCAAGUCAAGUUUACCUUUGGGUUCAAGACGGAGGAUGGUAGGAGGGAGGUGGUGAGAAUUGAGGUGCCGGUCACGGACUUGACAUAUGUGGUGUCAGAGACCGGGAAGAGUGAGCUGUGUGCUCUGGGGAUUGUUGGCACGGAUGAGCGCAAUGCGGCGCUGGGGACGGGGGUGAUGAAGAAGGGGUGCUGGGUGUUGGAUGCGAGUGAGAGGGUUGCGAGGGGGGUGAAUUGUGGGAGUGUGAUUCUUCAGUGGGAGGAGGGGAAGAGAUACGAGGGGAGAUGUGGGGAGGGAAGGACGGUGGGCGGAGGGCCUAGGAAGAAGAACGGGGCUAAAGAUGGGUAUGAUGGGGGGUAUCAUGAGUAA